GAACGCGUUUUAUCAAUUGUUAAUUCUAACUGUGGUUUCUGUAGCUUUUUAGCAGACGAUAAAAUAUUUCGCAACUUUUCCUUGAUCAACGGAUGUGGGAACUAGGUUCGAUUGUACUUGGAUAGAAAAUAAACAACUGCUGAUGUUUAUUAAAAUUCUGUGUAUCUGUCUCCAAAGCAUCUACCAUUGGAUAGAUAUAUUGAUUAUUAUCUCAUUAUAAAGAUUUAUUGAUUAUGAUCUAAAGAAAGAAAAAAAAAAUACUUUUUCUUCUUUCCUGCUCGUUUGUGAGUGACUGGUACUUUUUGAAUGAUUAUUUCGAAAAAAUGGAUGUCGAGUAUCUUCAAUUAAUUUUGGAGAAAGUGUUUACAGUUGUUGUUCAGAAAUUAACUUGUUUUAAAAACCACAUAAAUGAUGCUUGUGUUGAUAUGGAACCAUGGCUUCUGAUCUUCAGUACUGCAGUAGCUACAUUUUUGUUUGUCUACUUCAGAAAUGUGUGUAGACGUUUAUACGAGGAGGGGCUGAAACAACAAGUUUUAUAUUUUUUAAGACAUCUGCCAAUCAUCAAGCAAGGUGUUGCAAAAAAAUUGAAAGAAACGACAGAUGAAAUUGAAAAACAGGUGCAAGCUGGCAUAGAUGUUGUUUAUCACCAAAAGUUGCCUAAACAAUCCUAUAAACCAGAAGCUAUUAUUGAUACAAUUAAGAAAUAUUCAUCGUAUGGACAUUAUUCAUUUAAAGAUGGCUAUGUAUCAGGGACAGUUUACUUGGGAAAUGAUGCUAAACUAGGAACUCUGAUGAAAGAUGUUUAUGGUUUAACUGCAUAUACUAACCCUCUACACCCCGAUGUAUUCCCUGGUUCUCGAAUCAUGGAAGCUGAAGUUGUUCAGAUGGUAUCAUCUCUUUUCAAAGCUACUGAAUCUGUUGGAACAGUUACAAGUGGAGGAACAGAAAGUAUUUUUCUAGUUUGCAAAGCUUACAGAGAUUAUGCUAAAUUUGAAAAAGGGAUACGAGAUCCAAAUAUGGUUAUUCCCAUCACAGCUCAUGCAGGCUUUGAUAAGGCUGCUCAUAUGUUGAAAAUCAAAGUGAAGCAUGUUCCAUUUGAUCCUGAAACAACCAAAGUCAACAUGAAAGCUAUGAAAAAAGCAAUAGAUAAAAAUACAAUCAUGCUUGUUGGAUCAGCUCCUGCUUUUCCUCAUGGAAGCAUAGAUCCUAUUGAAGCUAUUGGACAGUUAGGUUACAAGAAAUCUAUUCCUGUUCACGUGGAUGCUUGUUUAGGAGGAUUUUUAAUACCUUUUAUGGAACAAGCUGGUUUCAAAAUACCUGCAUUUGACUUCUCUGUUCGUGGAGUUACAAGCAUUUCCUGUGAUACGCAUAAAUAUGGCUAUGCUCCUAAAGGUACUUCUGUUAUUCUUUACAAAGAAAAGAAAUAUAGACACCAUCAAUUCUCUGUCCAACCUAAUUGGCCUGGUGGAAUUUAUGGCACACCUAACUUGUCAGGAAGCCGUUCAGGUGGACUAAUCGCAACAUGCUGGGCAUCUCUUUUAUAUCACGGAGAAGAAAAUUACAUUGAAUGCACAAGGAAGAUAAUGUCUGUUGCUAAAUACAUUGAAAAAGGGUUGAGAAAAAUAGAAGGAAUACACAUCGUUGGUAAACCAGAUGUGUCUGUCAUAGCAAUUGGAUCCGAAGUCUUUGAUGUCUACCGUUUGACAAGCUCUUUAACAGAGAAAGGUUGGAACUUAAAUGUGCUCCAGUACCCAUCAGCAUUUCAUAUUUGCCUCACAAUGCAACAUACCUAUGAAGGUGUGGCUGAUAGAUUUUUGUCGGAUGUGGAAGAAUGCACUAAAGAUAUAUUGAAGACCCCUGGUGUUCCUACCUCUGGAAGAGCUGCUAUAUAUGGCAUGGCACAGCAAAUUCCUGAUCGUUCUUUAGUGUCUGAAAUCACUUGGGCUUAUUUGGAUGCCUGUUAUAGCACUAUGUCUGUUGAAAAAACUACAAAACAUGUUCAGAAUGGCAAUGUUACUCACUAACUUUCAUUGUGCAAAAAACAGUGCUCAUAAUAUUUUUUGAAAUCUCUCCUACACAGAUCUCUCUGCCAUGCUUCAUCAUAUGAACUUCAUAUUUUGUUACGCCUUUUUGUAACGUGAAUUGUGCAGUUAUAUGUACACAAAUACAAUAUUAUGUAAAAUAUAGUUUUUGAACUGUUUUUGUGCAUUGCACCUAGCUGAUUAGUAGAUUUUUUUUAUUUCUAGUCUCCUGAAUCUUUGUUUUGUUAAAUGAUAAGUGAAAUCGUAUGUUCAAUAUUGUAUUGAAUUGUAUAAUGUAUGAAAAAUAUAAUUAAAGUGCCUAAUAAAUACCAUUUUUUUUUCAA